UUCCUACCCGCCGCCAUUAUGAACAUCCGCAGUGCUCGGCCUGACGACCUGAUGAACAUGCAACACUGCAACCUCCUCUGCCUCCCCGAGAACUACCAGAUGAAAUACUAUUUCUACCAUGGCCUUUCCUGGCCCCAGCUCUCCUACAUCGCUGAGGACGAGGAUGGGAAGAUUGUAGGCUAUGUCCUGGCCAAAAUGGAGGAAGACCCCGACGAUGUCCCCCACGGACAUAUCACCUCGCUGGCGGUGAAGCGCUCGCACCGGCGCCUCGGCCUGGCCCAGAAGCUGAUGGACCAGGCCUCCCGGGCCAUGAUCGAGAACUUUAGUGCCAAGUACGUGUCCCUGCACGUCAGGAAGAGUAACCGGGCAGCCCUGCACCUCUAUUCUAACACCCUCAACUUUCAGGUUAGUGAGGUGGAACCGAAGUACUAUGCAGACGGGGAAGAUGCGUAUGCCAUGAAGCGGGACCUCUCGCAGAUGGCAGAGGAGCUGAGACGGAAGCUGGAUCUAAAGGAGAAGGGCGGGCUCCUGGUGCUGAGUUCCCGGGAGAGCCAGGAGACCCAGGGUGGCACGCUUUCUGGUCCUGGAGACGUCUGUCAGGAGAACCUGGUUGCUGAUAGUGGCAGUGACAGCAAAGAUCCGAACGAGUCCGCAGGGAGCACCGAUGUCCAGGACAGUUCAGAAGACGCGGAUUCCGCAUCCUAG